AUGAACUUGGGGGCCAUAAUAGAGGCGAGUUUUAUGAAAGAAAUCUAUAUAAAGCAAGUAAAGCAGCUCCGUUGUCCACUAGAGGUCAAGAAAAAUGACUCACAUUCUCUUGAUCCAGAACAUGGCUACCGCUCUCUUGCCGACCAUCUCCUUUCCCUUGCUGCCUCCGGCCAGCCCAUCAACUGCGUAGUCUACAACUUUCUUCUUCCUUGGGUUGCUCAUGUUGCUUCGGAGCUCGACAUCCCUUCUACACUCCUCUGGAUCCAACCAAUCACCCUUCUUGCCAUCUACUACCACUUCUUGCACCUGUCCCCACAUCUCUUCCUUGAUGUUUAUAAGGAAAUCAAGGUCCCAGGACUGCCACUGUCUCUCAAUUCUGAUUCCCUGCCAUCUUUCCUCUUUCCUGACAAUCCCUUCGUCCUUUCGUUGCCUCUAAUCACAUGUUUCAAGGGAUCAAAGAGUCUAAAUAUUGGUGGGUUCUUGUCGAUUCCUUUGAAUCACUUGAAGUGGAGACUCUAUCUUCCCUGCCAGGUGGAAGUUCUGGCUCAUCCCUCUGUUGGCUGCUUUGUUACUCAUGCCGGGUGGAAUUCGACAUUGGAAGGCUUGGUCUGUGGAAAGCCAAUGCCGGUCCCCCUGCUAGCGCCGGGCGGUCGAGAGCUCCUCGGACUUGGGCCUGCCAGGUUGGCCGGUUGGCUUGGACUCCAUGGCGUUCCGCGCCUGCCUCCCGCCGCUCCGUGGGGUCGACCCACUCGUCGGCUGGACUCAGGUGCAGUGGGUACCUGUCUACCACGGCCGGUAACAGCUCGGCGAGAGGGAGAGGGGACUCUUCACUCCCCGGACUGCUCGGCGGCUCGUACAAGGACUGGUAGAUCUGAUGUACCUCGUCUGCUUGGGGCCAGUUGCGCGACGGCGUCUCAGGCCUAUUGGGGUAGCAAGGUGACGAUGUUGUAGUUUAAGCAGAUUAAUCAUCUGUAGCAGGGAAAAGCUGUUAACUGUCAACUUUGGAAAAUUUAUGAGAAAAUGUUGAUGUGACUACAAAUUUUUACAGUAUCAAAAAGUUGACCGAAUGAUUUAUAGGACAAAUGAUAUACACCAUUUUAUUCAGUUCAUCCUGAAUGUUAUAAUCCUAAACCAAUUUGAUGCACAAAAUUAGAACAUCAGGAGAAUAAAAACAACCCUCUCUUUUUGGCAUCACAUUAUAACAUGCAGCCCAGUUUACAUGAUC